GAGGCCCUGCACACGUACCCUCAGAUGUCGGCGGACCCCCUGGACUCAGGAGCUGUGAGGGUGCAGUUCAGUGGGGAGGGCUACAACCGUAAGACUCUCAAUGGAGUCAAGAAGAGCCUACCCAAACCACAGGUGUGUGUUUGUAGGUAAUUCUGUGUGUUGGAGGGGUUUGGUUGUCCAUCUCUUUCAUAAGUUGAUAAAGUGUGUGUAUUUCCAUGUCGCGCUGUUGAACCUUGAUUAUAUGUGGAUUUCUUUUUCUUCAUAUAUUGUUUUUAAUCUAUUAGUUUAAUCUCUGUCUUUCCCCCCAGGAGCUUAAACUGUCAACAGAAUCCUGUCGGAUCUACAGCCUCUAUCACUCCCUGCAUCAUUAUAAAUAUCAUACAUUCUUACACUGUAAGAAAGAGGUAAGGACAUCAGACCUGUAUUUUAUACUAUUGUAAUAGAUAGGCCUCUUUUGAUAUAUAUUUAUCUUGUUGCGAUAUUUAAAUAGUGUAUCAAGAACAGUUAUUUUUCUCCCCUGCUGUGGUUUAUUUAAAUACUUUUUUUCAAUUUACCCAGCAGAAAUAUUAGUCCAUGUGUUUUUAAUUCCCAUAUCAUUGCUUAAAGACACAAGCUUAAGAGUCGUAAUAUAUAUUGUGUUUCAUAUGUCCCCUGCUGACAUAGUCAACUAAAUUAAAUUCAUACUUCAUUGCCAAUCAACAAUGGUUGAUAGGAAUUCUAAAUAUUGUGUUUAUAUUAAUAUUGUGUUUUCCCAGCAUACAUCAUAUAUUGUUUAUUCCUUGGGUAGAUACACUAUAGCCUAGAGACACAUGUACUUCUAUUUUUCAAAUAGACAUACUAUUACCAUAGUCAAAAUAUAUAUUGUGCUUAUUUUUGUGUUUCCUUGGCAGACAUCAUAUAUUGAGUUUAUAUUCUGUCUUCCCCGGCAGACCAACACUAUAGAGCAGGCAGCUGAGGACCCUGGGCAGGAGGAGGUGGUGCAGCAGUGUAUGGCCAACCAGGGCUGGCUGGACACCCUCUUCAACUCCUUCAUCGAGCUGCUCACACUCAGCACCAAGGCCUGA